UAACUAUUCUCUCUCUCAAGGUUGUGACUUGUGAGUUGUGAGGAUGUCAACUCCUGCAAGGAAGAGACUUAUGAGAGAUUUUAAAAGAUUGCAACAAGAUCCCCCUGCUGGCAUCAGUGGGGCUCCCCAAGACAAUAAUAUUAUGCUUUGGAAUGCAGUUAUCUUUGGACCGGAUGACACCCCUUGGGAUGGAGGCACAUUUAAGUUAACACUUCAGUUCGCCGAGGAUUAUCCGAAUAAACCACCUACAGUGCGCUUUGUUUCUCAAAUGUUUCAUCCAAACAUUUACGCAGAUGGAAGCAUAUGCUUGGACAUUUUACAAAAUCAAUGGAGCCCAAUUUAUGAUGUAGCUGCAAUACUUACCUCAAUUCAGUCGUUGCUUUGCGACCCAAAUCCUAACUCUCCAGCGAAUUCAGAAGCGGCUCGGAUGUUUAGUGAAAACAAACGUGAAUACAACAGAAGAGUAAGAGAGAUUGUUGAGCAGAGUUGGACUGCUGAUUAAGUAUCUUGGUGUUGCUGUUAAAAGGUUUUCAAAGGAUAUGAUUGAAUAACCAUUUAAGUACUUUAAAAACAUUUGUGUCUUGUAACCCUUGACAAUGUGUUUGUUCAAACUUAUAUGAAUGGACUUAUGAUCUCUAUGUUAAGCUGAAUCAUAUUUUGUUCAA